AUGAAAGAGACAAUCUAUGACAUCAUGACCGAGUACGCCUCCAUCGUGGAGGAACUCGAAGAGAACGGCGGCGAGCUCACUGAAGAGCUGGAGCAACGCCUCGCAAUCAACGGCGACAAUGCCGCCGAAAAGGUAGAGUCCUACUGCAAGAUCAUCCGCAACCUUGAGGCCUCAGUUUCCGCGAAACUUGACGAAGCCGACCGCAUCAAGGCUUCUGCAAAGCGCGACUCCGUUACGAUCGACCGCAUGAAGAAUGCGCUGCAGACGUUCCUCGUUGCCACCGGCAACCGCAAGUUUACGGCUGGAUCGUUCGUGGUCGGGCUGCGCAAGUCGUCCGCUGUGAACAUCACGGACGAAAACAGCAUCCCUGCAGAGUACGUGAAGACUACGACAACCACCAGUAUCGACAAGAUGGCCGUCAAGGAGGCGAUAAAGAACGGCGCGGAAAAAGUCCGUGGCGCAUUCGUGAAGUCUAUCCAGGGCAAAACCACGGCGAAGGAGUGCAUCUGCAUCCCUACCGACAAACUAUACGUAGGCAAGAAUUGCGCGGUAUACCUUGACCUCUCAAUGGUGCAGCUCAACCAAGAAGGUAAGUACGGCGAUACGCACUUCGUCAAGGAAAGGAUAUCCAGCGAAGAAUACAACGCCAUGAGCGAGGAAGAGAGAAAAUCCAUCCCUAUCAUCGGCAACGCGAAACCUCAGCAGUACAACAACAGAAACAAUGCGGCAGUGGAGAUCACUGACGACGAAGACUUAGGAUUUUAG